AUGCAUUCCUAUGCUUGUUUAAUCGUCGCAAUAUUGUUAACAAGUCAAUCGGAAGCAGUGAAUUAUGUCAACAACUUCGAUGAGCAGUUUUUCUUCGCCUGUCCCAAUCCGGAUGAGUUUGUAAAUCACGUGGAAAGUAUCCAUAGUAACGGGGCUGAAGACAGAAGAUUUGCAUUCUCGUGUUCUAAAGUACCGUCGAGCGGACAGGAGGAGCAAGGAAACAUACACUGCCUACCAAUAACAGGGUAUGUAAACGAUUUUGAUGGGCCACUUGCUUUCCAAUGUAACGACAACUACUACAUCAACGGCAUGGGAAGCAGACACGACAAUCAUCCAGAGGACCGAAUAUGGCAGUUCAAAUGCUGCGGCAUACUGGGCAUGCACAUGGAUGAUUGCAAAUACACCGGUUGGACGAACACUUAUGACCAACCCCAAAUGUUCAACGCCGAGAAUGGUUAUAUCACGCGAGGUGUCGUUUCAGUACACAACAAUGGACCAGAGGACCGAUUGUACGAGUACGAGAUAUGCCAACCAUUGAUGGGCGAGACAUCACCUAUUGUGGGAUGAUACGGGCAUUUCAGGAGGCAUAACGAUCACUGAAUUCUUCCGGU